AGUGUGUCUGUAAGUAUUGUAGCUGAAAACGUUUCUUUGUUUUAUUAUUGUAUUUUUUAGUGAAAAUGGGCUGGGAAAGUAUUCUGUAACAGGAAAGAGAACUUUGUGGAGGAGGGGUGGGGGACGUGAGAAAGUAGGCUAUUUUGAAAUAAUGUAGAGACUCUAAAUGGAGGAAAGGGUGGUGCAAAAUGGUAAAUCAUUCAGAAUGAACAGCAUGAAUGGAAUCUUUAUUGUUAGUAUAUAUACAUAUAUGAGAAAUGUGAGGUGAACUAUUUCAAAACAAAUUUUGAAGUAUUUAUUCUUUGAUAAAUACUUAAUGUAGAUAAAGAUUUCUUAUAAUUCUUAUAAGCUAUGAAAAUUGGGCACAUAAUUUUGACAUUUGAGUAAGAAUAUAUAUUUUUUUUAAACUUGAUAUGACCUAAUAUUCCAUUGACACAAAUUCAUUUCACUUCAUCCAUCAUCUCGUGUUAUUCUUCUAUAUAGUCCACAUGUCUUUCAAAUUACAUAGCCACAAGUUUACUUGCUGCAUUUAUAUGAUGUACAUAUUAAAAACACAAUUUUAUUUCAAAUGAUCGUAAAUAUUGUCAACUUAUAGUUAAUAUAACCAAAAUGGGUAAUAAGUCCUCAUUACUCUAUGAACGACAGGCUGGGUUAUCAGGUGAAAGACGAGAUCGAAGCUGGUCUUUUACAGGCAAUAUGGGUUCGCCAACAUUGUCUGGUUUAAAAGCUUCAAGAAGUCGAGCAAUGUCUUUGUCUCAAAAUCCUAGGCAAUCUGGUAAUUCCCAGAAACACCUUAGGUUACCUAGUCACUUACAUAUAUCUAGUCCAUUGGAAAUACAAUCAAAAAUAAAUUCCAUGGAUUCUAUGCGCUUAGUAUCUAGCAGUUCUUUAACUAAUGUUAAUCAACCACAUUCAUGGACUCUUGGGAAAUCUGAUGCAUGGGAUUCACCAUGCAUCAAGAAUCACCAUGCCAGAAAUGCUAAUGCUCAACAACAACAAUUCCAAAAUUGGUCAAGCAAGUAUGCCACAAAUAAAAAACUGGACUUGCAAAAUGAGAAGAAAGUAAGCAUUAAAAAGCGAUCAGCUCAUGCAAGUGAUAGCAACAAACAACCUGUUUGUUCUUCCCACCAGAAUUCUGUACAAAUGCAGUGUUGUUCUGAUGACGUGUUAGAUUUAAAAGAAGAUAUUCUCUAUGAAGGAUUCAGACCUCGAACUAACUCAACAUCAAUCAUAGAAAUGGGUAGGAAACAUCGCAGUCGUGUUGUAAUGGGAGCUGCCAGUGCUAAUCUUCGAAGACAGCUACAUACAAGCCAAAUAGCCAUUGACAAAUGUUCUCAAGAUUCUGCAAAAAAUAUGAAUCAUUGUGCUGGAGAUUAUGUUGAACUUGAUCCUCGGCAAACAAUGUUUCAUGAGCAACAGAACUUUACCAAUGAACAAGUAUAUUUGCGGAAAGAAAGCAGAUUUAGGGCAAUGAAUGAAAAUAAGAUGAUAGAUGACAUUUGUUUUCAACUGCCACCAACAAACACUUCUAGAACUAAUCUUACACCAAAACUUUGGGCAGGUAAAACUCUUCUUCCAGAUAUUCAUGAAGAAAAAAUUCUAAGUUCUAGUGUGCCAAAUUGCAAUUAUGACUCCUUACUUAAAAAUAUUCCACAACAGAACAAUUCAGGUAUUUCUCCGCGUACUCAUGGCAUUUCUUCAGGGAAAAACACUGAUUUUAUGAGGAAAAGAAGUUGCAGCAUAUCACAUACUCCAGAAUUUAGUGCACAUCAGCAAAUGCAUUGGAAUCUACCUCCAAAUGCAUUUGGAGAAGUUAAUAACCGAGAAAUUCUCAUUCAUUAUAGCCCUUCUUCUGUGCGCAAAUUUCCUAGAAAAUUAUCUGUUCCAAUAUUAAUGACACCUAAAACUAGAAUUGUUCCGGAAAAGGAACGAUUGUGGAAUUAUAAUGUGACUCUUGGUGAUUCUUGUCCUAAUCUUACCAUUUCAUCAAAUAAUAGCACUGGACAUGGACUUUACCUGAGCCAGAACAAUAAAGAUCCUGAUGCAAUUCGUAAUCUGAAAAGCAUGGAAGGAUUUAUGGACAAUUGUCCAUCAUGUCAUUUACCAUUUGACAAAGGCAAGAAACGGCGCCUUAUUGAUUCCUGUGGUCAUGAGCGCUGUUAUUCUUGCAUGUUUAAUGUGGAGCAGUGUCCGCUCUGUGAAAAUACUGCAAACCCUGCCAAAACAAAUGGACAUUUUUCACGUCAGAGUAGUGUAGAGUCAGCUGUAUUCACUCACCACCGACCUAAAUUAAAAACAAAUGGACAUUUUACCACUUAUAUGCAGACUCGAAUGGAUAUAUCACCUUCACCAGCAACAGAAACGAAUCCUUUUUUAUCACAACCUUCUCCUAAACUGGCCAGUCGAAACGCAGGACAAUCUGCUGCAACUCCUCGGCUUGGAGUGGUCCAAAGUUCCAAAACGAAGAUAACGAAAGCACCUCUCCUCACCUCUCCACCUGUGUCAUCUCCAACACCGCCUCCCUUGCCUCCCAAGAACUAUUUAUACAAUGAGCUUGGCAUUCCAAAACACUACAGCAGUGACUCUGCUCUUGGCUCACCAGAUGUCAGCAGUGUCAGUGUUUCUGUGACUACGGAUGAUAUUGACGAAUUACCCGAGCUAGAUCGGGAAGGACCAAUGUCUGAAAUAACUGAAGAAGCAGGAAAUGGAAUGCCAGCAGUUUGUAAAGGGAACAGCCCUCCACCACCUCCACCAGAUGUUGCUCAAAAUGACCUUAUGGCUCGACUUGGCCUGUUGCUAGAAGAACUCUCCAGCAGUGAACAAAUGUCCACAGGCAGCAAAGAAGGCAACUGUAAAGAAGAGGCUUUUACUAGUAUCUCUUCACUAACCAGCAGUGAGACCACACCAGAUAAAGGCAUCUCUGAUACCAGUCCCAUUUCAACAUUAACGGUUUCGUCUGGCAGUGAACAUGGUCUGCAUGGCCCACCCCGCAAUAUCUCUCACCAUCACCACAACCAUCACCACCACCUUCAUUCGUUGUACACAAACUGUACACAGGCCUGCACUGCCUCUGACAGUAUGACAUCGCUGAGGAGUUUUAGCAUUGGCAACGGAGCCAGUCCACUCCACACAAUGCAAAGGCCGCAUUCAAUAAACACUGUUACUCCAGGACCCAUAGAAGAUCUGCAAUUGUUUGGGAAAAGAAAGUCUUCCCUACGUCUGUCUUCUACCCGAGGUAGCAUUGGACUUCUUUCUGAUGUUCGAUUUGCACCAAUUCGACCACCUCAGCUGAAGAUGUUUCCAAUCAAAUUUGAAAUUCCUCACAGUGAAGGGAAAUCUGUUUUUAUUGGAAGAGAGUGGCUCUUCAAAGAAAUAGAAAUGGCCUUGAACAGUGAAUGGUCCAGUCAGACACAAGGAGUUGUACUCCAAGGAGAUGUUGGUAGUGGGAAGACAGCAGUAAUAGAACAACUUCUUGAAUACAGUUGCUUUGGAAAUAAAACCCAAGGACCUACUUUAAUUAAUGGAGAUGCUUAUCCAGAAACAAAUGGUAAGGACCGCCCUAGGCAGAAUGGCUACCAGAGCAGUCCUUGUGGAACACUUAGCAGUCUUUCAUCUUCAUCAGUAGCUAGUCACAACUCUUAUUUGAGUGCAUCCAGUACUAGUUUGAAUUAUGAUUCUUUAAAGAGUCUUGGCUGCCAAGUAGUAGCCUAUCAUAUAUGUCAAGCUGACAACAACACAACGUGCAUGCUACCUGAUUUUGUACACAGUAUUGCUGCUACAUUAGCCAGAGCACCACAACUUGAAGCCUACCGUGAAAUGUUACUUGUUGAUCCCAACUUGUUCAAUAUCCUUACCAUGAAGGAAUGCAUUCAGAAUCCAUACCAAUCCUUUGUAAAAGGUGUCUUAGAACCUUUAAAAAUGUUAAAAAGCAGUGGAAAGAUAACUUCAGACAGUUGUAUAAUUCUAGUUGAUUCGUUAAAUGAAGCUGAAUUCCAUCGACCUGACUAUGGUGACACAAUUGGCUCAUUUCUUUUGCAUUAUUUGCACAAAUUUCCUAUGUGGUUGAAAGUGAUUGUAACUGUGCGAACAAGUUAUAUUGAAAUUACACGGCAGUUACCUUUCUUCCAUAUAUCUAUUGAUACUUGUGAUGCCACAGUUAAAGACCUACAUGAUUAUAUCAGCUAUCGCAUCAAUGUCAGUACUGAUCUGCAGAACAAUAUAGCUGUCGAUGAGACUGGAACACAAAAUAAAUUUUGCAACUAUUUGCAAACACUUAGUAAUGGCAGCUUUCUUUAUUGCAAAUUGGUCCUGGAUCUUAUAGAACGUGGAAACUUAGUUCUUAAGAGUUCCAACUAUAAAAUUAUACCUAUUAAUAUUUCUGAAGUCUUUCUGCUACAUUUCAAUUUAAAAUUUCCCAGUGUCAGAUCUUAUGAAAGGAUCUACCCAAUACUUGGUGUGUGUUUAGCCUCACUUUAUCCUCUCAACCAAGAAGAGAUUUAUGAAGCCAUUAAUUCAGGCUCAACAAAGAAAUAUAUUUCUAGAGAUGAAUUCUUACAUAGACUUGAAAUACUUUCUGGGUUUCUAUACCACCGUGAAACAGAUAACACCUAUAUGUUUUUUCAUCCAGCCUUUAGGGACUGGCUUAUUAAAAGGGAUGAAAAUGAACACAGAAAGUUUUUAUGUGAACUUCGGUAUGGUCACAGCUUGAUGGCAUUUCGCUUGUCAAGAAUUUGUAGCAAUCAAGAUCCUGAAAAGUCGCUGGAACUUGGUCAUCACAUCCUGAAAGCCAACAUAUAUAAAAACCUGUGUCGCCAGUCACAGUUUUCAUCGCGAGUUUUUCUUGCCUAUUGGAUGUGCCUUUGCUCUGACAACCUCAAUGCUGCUUUAGUCACUCAACGGAAUCUUUUCUCCCCAAAUGUUAAGGUUAGCCGCUUACUUAUAUUAGCCGGAGCUAAUCCCAAUGCCAAGAGUAACUUUCUCAAUCAAGCCCCAAUUUUGUGUGUGAGUGCACGAGAAGGCUUCCUUGAAAUGGUGUCAUCAUUGUUAGAAUUUUCAGCCUAUGUGGAUGCUGUAUGUGAAGAUGGGAUGACUGCCUUAUGUCAUGCAGCUGCUAAUGGACAUCUGGAUGUUAUUAAAUUAUUGUGUUCGAAAAAAGCAAAUUUAAGUCAUACAGAUAAAUGUGGACAAUGUCCAGCCGUCCAUGCAGCCAUGCAUGGACACCUUGAGUCAUUAGCUUUCCUCUUACAAUGUGAUUGGUCAAGCGCAUCAAGUCAACAACAAAAGAUUGAAGCCAUGCAACAGGCAUUUGUUGCUGCUGCUGCAAUGGGGCACAAACAUAUCUGUGAUUAUUUAGUAGUACAUGCUGUUGGGAGAAGUAAUGAAGCUUUCAGCAUAGAUGCAGUUGAUACUUUAAUUGGAGAAACAGCACUAACUGCAGCUUGUCUUCAUGGCCGUGAAGAAGUUGUUCGUUAUUUGAUCAAGCAGGAAGCCAAUGUCCAUCUGGCUAAUACCAAAUCCUAUAGUCCUCUGCUUUGUGCUGUGAAAGCAAAUAAAUGUGAAGUGGCUGAAAUUCUAUUCCAAGCUGGAGCUUCCAUAGAACAACCAGAUAAAAAUGGUCAUACUCCCUUGAUGCUGGCUGCUGCUGAAGGACAUAUUAACAUAUUAGAAAUGCUUCUCUCAGCAGAAGCCAGUCAAACUGAAGUUGACAAGGAUGAAAUGACUGCACUAAGUUUAGCUUGUUUACAUGGCCAUCUGCAGAUUGUACAGAUUCUUUUGAGUAGAGGUUCUGAUUUACAUCAUGUUGACAAAAAUGGGCAGAUACCUUUACAUCUGGCAUCAUUCUAUGGAGAGCCUCAAAUCGUUCAGUAUUUAAUUGACCAAGGAGCUAAUAUUGAGCAUGUCGAUAGCAACAAUAUGAGGCCACUGGAUAGAGCAAUUGCUUGCAAAAACAUUGAUGUUAUAAUGUGUUUCCUGAAGAAAGGAGCGAAGCUAAGCCCAGCAACUUGGACUAUGGCUGUUGGAAAACCAUCAGUUAUGCUAGUAUUGCUCAAGAAACUUAUGGAUGAUGGAAAUAUUCUUUAUAAGAAAAAUCGUGUCAAAGAAGCUGCUCAACGUUUUCAAUAUGCCUUGAGAAAGUUUCCUAAAGAUGGAUUUGGUGAUGAUGCUCGUACUUUCUAUGACCUACGCAUUAGCUUGUUAUUGAAUCUGUCCAAAUGUAAAAGAAAAUUACAGGAUUAUAUUGCUGCAAUUGAACUUGCCACUAAGGUUCUUGAAAUUCGUCCGAAAUCGUUUGAAGGCUAUUAUGCUCGUGCCCGGGCCCGCAGAGAUAACAAACAAUAUGAUAGUGCUCUAGAGGACCUAAAACAAGCAGUGUUUUUAGUCCCUAACAAUGCAGAACUUCAACGUUUAUUGUUAAGGUUACGCAGUGAAUGUCUGGAGCAAGCUAACAUCUUGAAAGAAACACCAAGUGAAAGCACAGAUGUACAAUCUAUCACUGUACUACCUGUUGAAACCAAUAACACUUCUGCUGCCGCCAUUACAGAACCUGCCCCUGCUGUUACCAUUAUACAUCCUGAAACUGAAGACGGAGAAGUUUGUUCAAGUUCAUCUGUUGUUACCUAUAGGGAAGAAACAGCCCUCUGAUAUUUUGCACAUAAAAUCCUCUAGAUUUAUCACAGAAUUAAGGUUUAAAAGGGGAUAUUCUGUGAUUUGUAUUUUUUCUCCCCCAAUUCAAAAGUACAAAGCAAUAUAUUUCUUUGAAGGAUAUUCUGAAGAUUUUCAAGAGAGGAAGUCUUAAAUUUUGCCAACUCUAUUUAUUAAAACAUUAGAAGUAAUAUUAUUUGGAUAAGUAAACUAGGAGUAAAAAGGAAGUAGGGUAUUCAGUAAAUAUUUAAAUUCUUUUACUGAAUAUUUUGAUUGCAUCAUUGGAUCUUUCAGUUGAACACAUUUCAAACAAAAAUCAUCUGCAAGUUAUUUAAGCAUAGUUUGAAACUGUUCUUGUUUCAUUUUUUUUUCUCCCAAAUAAAACAAUAACUUAUUUGUAAAGAUUUUUAAAACCACCUUCUUGACAUUAACUGAUAUCUUUGAAAUAUAUAACUUCUUGAUUUAAAGUAAUGAAUGGCAGUUGAUUGCUUUUACUUAUGAUAAAUAUUAUAAUUGUUAAUUAUUAACAUGUUAAAAAAUUGUUUUACAUGUAUAUCUUUGUUCAACAAGCUGUGAUGUCAAAUUAAAUUUUAUUUUUUUGUCAUAAAUACUUAUUUUAAUCUAAAAACAUAAAACUAAUUCAUUUAGUGAACUUAAAUUUCUUUCCGGUCAAUUUGCUGUCAGAAAGAUAAUAUAUAGUAAAAGUUAUCAGAAACUAUAUAUAUAUAUAUAUAUAAAUAUAUAUGUAUAAUAUUCCAGCUGCAUGUUUCUUUAUUAAAGAAUUUUAAAUUCUAAUUACUUUUGAUUUUUAAAAUGUUUGAAAUUUAUAUUCCUUUCUAGUUAUUUGCUCUAGUGCAAAGAAAAUGUGAAUAUUCUUUGAAAAUUAGAAAAAAAAAUAUUCUUGGCUGUUAGUAGAUAAAAGAUAUUUGUUAUGAAUUGUAUGGCUUCUCCCCUCAGCCAAAUCCUGCCAUGAUUUCUUAAUAUAUAACUCACUGUGAUCAAGAUAAGCUGUUUUGAGUAUUUUCUUUUCCAAAUUUGUUUUUAAAUCCUUUGCAAAUUAACGUAAAAGGAGAAAAUUAACUAAGUCUGUGCUAAUUAAACCAAACCAAAUGCAUGUAAAUUUUCAUUUUUUUUUUUUUUAAUCUACAAACUGUCAAUUUCUUUAAUCAUACACAACAGACGCAAACAUACAUAGAUGUGACUCCUUCUCAAUGAAAAUCUUUUGAUUAUCCUAUGAAAAAAAAUCAUUUAAAAUAAAAGCUGUUUUUAAGAUACUAGCUUUGCUCAGAGAAGAGAUAUUUGUUGACACCAUAUCCUUAAAGGCUAAAUGAAUGAAUUAUCUUAAUUUUUGUUUUUAAAUCUGCUCUCUUUGAGAAUAUAAUAGUAAGUUGUAUAGUCAUGCCAAAUAAAGUAUUUAUUUUAUUACAUAUAUGCACCAAAUUGACAACAGAUUAUUUUCUAUUUCUAGCAAAGAAAAAUGUGUUCACAUUUCAUUUCCUUUGCUAAGUAUGGAAAACUAAUCUUUACAUGGGGAAACUUUUGUCUUUAAAAAACUGCUAAUCGAGAUAAACAUAUUAAAAAAAAUGUAGAUUUAUGGUUUAUAUUAAAUUCAUAUGCCUGAACGUUUGUUUAUUUUGGUGGGGUGGGGUCUUGUGUAUUAUAUAUCAAUUAGAUAUGAUGCUAAAAACAUCUUACAAACAAAUCUCAACAAAAUGUAGUAAAAUUAAUUUUGGUUUCAUCUACAAUAAAAUAUUUAGUUAGCUGGAAUUAUAUUACGUUAAUGAAGUAUGGCUUACGAGAGAGACAAGACUUAACUGAUUCAUUAUUCGAUGAAAAUGAUCUUGAAAGAGAAACCAAAAUUUCAUUUCAUUUUUUAUUUUUACAAUUACAUUUAAUAUAGCUGUUAUAAAAACAAUAUUUAGUCUUAUUAACAUUGGCAACAGAAUAACAAGUCAAUGAUGCUAAAAAGGGAAUCAAAUGAAUCUAUUUUUAUACCAUUUGUAUUUGAUAUCCUACUCUUCUGCCAUUUUAUUAUUUGUGACCAGCUUAUUUUGUUGCCUGGUUAACACAACUCUAAAGCACAUACACAUGUUAAUAUAUUCUUAAAAAUGGGAAAUAUAUGUAACUCCAAUGAAUGUAACCUGCAGCCUGAUUGUAUUACUUGUAACAAAAUAGAGCAGAUUUUUAAACGCUAACUAAGAUCAAUUUCCUUGUUUAAAACAAUAAACAAAAAGGUAAAUUUUGUGCUUAAUUUUCGUGUACUGAUGGUCUUUUAUAACAAAGACCAUCAAAUUACUGUCUUUCAGGAGAACUGGUCUGCCUAAUAUCUCUUAUCUUCAACAAAGUGUAGGCUGUUGCGUGAUAAACUGGUUCACAGCAGAUUAGAAUAUAUUUUAUUGUUCUGUACACUACACCAAUUCUUCUAACUUGCUACCAGGUAAUAAUGGCUCAGUUUUCUCUUGUUACAAUAUUUGAUGAAAACAAAAAGAAGCACUCUGUAUAAACAAAUCUUGAGACUUGUAAAAAUCCCAUUCAUAGCUGAUAAAAUUGAUGUUAAUUCUCUGAGUGAAUCUCCAGGGUCUCUAUGAUACAUUUUCUUAAAAGCUUUAUAUAAGUAAACAAGCCCAUUUCAUUGGUCAGAUCUCAAUUAUAAUUGUACAGUUCACAUUUUUACAAAGAAAUAUUUCAAUCCUUAAAGCUAAUGAUCUAUACGUAAAAUAUAUAUAAUUAAUUUAUAAUUCUGAAUCAUUGAAACCAUGUCAGUAAUGUUAAUUUUUCAAUUAAAAAUUAACAGUACAAGAUUCCUAAUAUUUAAAUGAAAACAGAUUUAUCUUAAGAAAAUCAAAAUGCUCUUUUAAAAGCUGGAGUAUUUCACACGCAGCUAAAUUCUCUCAUAAAUGAGAAAUUAUCCUAUUGAAUUAUAAUAUAAUUAUGAAAUUAAUUUAAAUAUAUACUUCCUAUAUCUGUACAUUAUUUAUUUUUAUCAUUAUGCUCAUAACUGAGGUUAGACAUCAUUGGUUUUAGGGGCAUAUCUUUUAUCUCAUCGAUUAAAUUUGUUACAAAUAUGUAACAAUGUCCAGCAUGAUAAUAUGAAGCUAGUUCAUAUAUGUUUAGUAAAUGAUGAAAUAAAGCUUUUGAAUUUCGAGAAGAUUAUAAAAUGUAGGGACCAAGCAAAUAAGUUAUAUUACAUACCUAUGCUUGUUAAUAUCUUUCACAUUUUAUUUCCUUGCUUAACCAGCUUGCUCUUUGAAUAGGUUGGCUAAGCAAGGCUGUCCAUAUAGGUUCAAAGACUUUCAAAUUUUAAAUGGGAAAGGUUGUUAUAAGAUUUAACAAAUUUUGACUGCUACAUUGAAAAGCAGUUUGUGGUGCUCUGAACUUCACAUGUUAAACAAAAUAUUUGGUUAAUUUGAGUCUUCUGGUUAUGAAAGGAUUUCAGUUUAGUUGCUUUUGCAAACUCAAGUAGUAUGAGUCAAGCUGCAUGUUAUAUAAUUUUUCAAAAGUGUUAUUUUCAAAACGAUAUACCCCACACCCACUAAAAAAUUAUUUCAAACAAAGCUGCUCUAUAGUUAGGACCCUGCUGUGUCAUUAUUAUUCUGGUACCAAGUAUUGUUUAUUAAAGAGAAAAAAGAAUUUGAAAAGUUAUUUCUCUUUAGUUUUUCUCCCAGACUACCAAGUGUUUGGGUAAAUGAUUGUAUCCAGGCUGCUGUAUACCUGUUGUUUGUUGUCAUUUCCUGUUAUGAUGGUUGUAAACAUUGUUGAAGCUGAGAAUAAUCAUGUCAACUUAAAGCUGUGCAGGUUUGUUCGCUAGUGCCUUCCUAGAAGUCUUGCUCGGAUCUAUACCUGGAACCAAAUCAACGUCCUUCCUUUCAUUUCUGUUUGGUCACUUGGACCAUAACAGUAAGCCAUUAAAUCAGGCUGCAGACAUGUUUACUGUUGAAACUUGUAGUCAGUGCUUGUAAAUACACUUGUUUGACCCUUGA